AUGGGGCAGGAUGAAAGAAAGGAGCUGUUGUUACCGGAUAACAUAUCAAAUUCAUUAUGCUCCGACUUUGAGGAAUUGUACAACAAUGGUCAAUUCUCAGAUGUCACUUUAAAGUUGGGUAAGGAUGAGCUCAAAGCCCACAAGUCGGUGCUCAGUGCUCGAUCGAAGGUGUUUGCAGCCACGUUUGAGCACGAUAUGAAAGAAAAACGAGAAAACGCGAUUAAUAUUGAGCAAAUGAAAGUCGAAACAAUGCGAGACAUGCUACGCUACAUUUACUGUGGAAAAAUUCACGACUUAUCUACGGAAGAAGCGCUGAAUCUCUAUGUAGCCGCCGACCGAUAUGAUUUGAAAGAAUUAAGAAACUUUUGCCGAGAAGUAAUUCUGCUCAACAUUUCUGUUGAUAACGUGUGCGAUAUUGCCAAUGUUGCUGACCUUUAUGACGAUGAAUUAUUAGUAGGAGAAUUAAAAUCGUUCUUAUUAAAAAAUGGAAAGGAAGUUAUAAAAACCAAAAACUGGAAAGCUAUGUCUCACAACAAAGCAGUUUUGUGUGGUAAAAUGUUUGAAUGGAUUUUUUCUGAAUAAUACGGUAGUAUCCUGAAAAUUCGGCUAAAUGUAAACUGGAAAAAUGACCGAUUUUGUAAAAAUGCCGGGUUGUGAGAAUGCACGGGAAUAAAAUUUUUUGUUCUGUGCUUUUCGGUACUGCCGGAAUGUGGCCGAGUUUUCUAGAUUUGGCCGGGUUAUCAAGGGCCGACUAUCAAGACUCAAAUGUAAUUUUCUGUACGAUUACUUGUUGAUUUAUGAAGGUGUUUUUGUCCCAGCAAUGUUUUAAGGCAGAAUAUUCUCUGUUUUCUAUUCAAUUUUAUUAUUUUUAUCUAACAUCAAAAAGAAA